CCGGCCGGCCCAGCGAGCGGCGGGCGGGUGGGCGCCGCGGGCGCCAUGGAGCAGUGGCGGCAGUGCGGCCGCUGGCUCAUCGACUGCAAGGUCCUGCCGCCCAACCACCGGGUCGUGUGGCCCUCGGCCGUGGUCUUCGACCUGGCCCAGGCGCUGCGCGACGGCGUCCUCCUGUGCCAGCUGCUGCACAACCUCUCCCCCGGCUCCAUCGACCUCAAGGACGUCAACUUCCGGCCGCAGAUGUCCCAGUUCCUGUGUUUGAAGAACAUCCGCACCUUCCUUAAAGUCUGCCACGACAAAUUUGGAUUCAGGAACAGUGAGCUGUUUGACCCCUUCGACCUCUUCGAUGUCCGAGACUUUGGGAAGGUCAUCUCAGCCGUGUCGAGACUCUCCCUGCACAACUUGGCUCAGAACAAAGGGAUCAGGCCCUUCCCCUCGGAGGAGACCGCGGAGAGUGACGAUGACGUGUACCGCAGCCUGGAGGAGCUGGCAGAUGAGCAUGACGUGGGCGAGGACAUCUACGACUGCGUCCCGUGCGAGGAUGAAGGGGACGACAUUUACGAGGACAUCAUCAAGGUGGAGGUGCAGCAGCCCAUGAAAAUGGGCAUGACGGAGGAUGACAAGAGAAACUGCUGCCUGCUGGAGAUCCAGGAGACGGAAGCCAAGUACUACCGGACCCUGGAGGACAUCGAGAAGAACUACAUGACCCCUCUGAGGCUGGUUCUGAGCCCGGCGGACAUGGCAGCCAUCUUCAUCAACCUGGAGGACCUAAUCAAGGUGCAUCACAGCUUCCUGAGGGCCAUCGACGUGUCCAUGAUGGCGGGGGGCAGCACGCUGGCCAAGGUCUUCCUGGACUUCAAGGAACGGCUCCUGAUCUACGGGGAGUACUGCAGCCGCAUGGAACACGCCCAGAACACGCUGAGCCAGCUCCUCGCCAGCAGGGAGGACUUCAGACAGAAAGUCGAGGAGUGCACCCUGAAGGUCCAAGACGGGAAGUUUAAGCUGCAGGACCUGCUGGUGGUCCCCUUGCAGAGGGUGCUCAAAUACCACCUGCUCCUCAAGGAACUUCUGAGCCAUUCCACCGACCGGCCCGAGAGGCAGCAGCUCAAAGAAGCGCUGGAGGCCAUGCAGAACACGCUGAGCCAGCUCCUCGCCAGCAGGGAGGACUUCAGACAGAAAGUCGAGCUCGCCCCUCGGCGAGGCCCGAUGCCCUCUUGUGUCCAGGCAGCCAGCGGGGAGCCCCUGGUUCCUGAGGGCGGUGCCCCCCUUGGUGUGAGCUGGCCUCCCCCAGUGCCUCUGGUAGACCCCAGGCCAGGCGUCGCUCAGAAUCCCCCCCACCCCCGCGUGGCCGCUGCAGACCCCCUGCCCGCCUGCCGUGAAGCCCACCCCUCUGCACACGCCUGGUCUGGGGAGGGUCUCUGGGAGCCGGACCAGAGGAAGACCAGGCACCCGGGCCCCGGUUCAGGGCUGGGGGGUGGGAGUGUCGGGGUCCGGUGUCCCGGGCAAGGACGCUCUGAAUCUGCCUGCGGCCCCCCCGACGCCCAGGAGUGCACCCUGAAGGUCCAAGACGGGAAGUUUAAGCUGCAGGACCUGCUGGUGGUCCCCUUGCAGAGGGUGCUCAAAUACCACCUGCUCCUCAAGGAACUUCUGAGCCAUUCCACCGACCGGCCCGAGAGGCAGCAGCUCAAAGAAGCGCUGGAGGCCAUGCAGGACCUGGCAAUGUACAUAAACGAAGUCAAACGGGACAAAGAGACCCUGAAGAAAAUCAGCGAAUUCCAGAGUUCUAUAGAAAACUUGCAGGUGAAACUGGAGGAAUUUGGGAGACCAAAGAUCGACGGGGAACUGAAGGUCCGCUCCAUAGUCAACCACACCAAGCAAGACAGGUACCUGUUCCUGUUUGACAAGGUGGUCAUUGUCUGCAAGAGGAGGGGCUACAGCUACGAGCUGAAGGAGAUCAUCGAGCUGCUUUUCCACAAGAUGACCGACGACCCCAUGAACAACAAGGAUGUCAAGAAGUGGUCCUACGGCUUCUAUCUAAUUCACCUCCAAGGCAAGCAAGGCUUCCAGUUUUUCUGCAAGACGGAAGACAUGAAGAGGAAGUGGAUGGAACAGUUUGAGAUGGCCAUGUCAAACAUCAAGCCAGACAAAGCCAACGCCAACCACCACAGCUUCCAGAUGUACACGUUUGAUAAGACCACCAACUGCAAAGCCUGUAGGAUGCUCCUCAGAGGCACCUUCUACCAGGGUUACCUGUGCACCAAGUGUGGCGUCGGGGCACACAAGGAGUGCCUGGAGGUGACCCCUCCCUGCAAGAUCAGUUCUCCUGCAGACCUUGACACCUCUGGAGCGGGGCCAGGUCCCAAGAUGGUGGCCGUGCAGAAUUACCAUGGCAACCCUGCUCCCCCCGGGAAGCCGGUGCUGACCUUCCAGACGGGCGAUGUGAUUGAGCUACUGAGAGGCGACCCUGAGUCUCAGUGGUGGGAGGGUCGGUUGGUGCAAACCAGGAAGUCAGGUUACUUCCCUAGCUCGUCUGUGAAGCCCUGUCCAGUGGAUGGAAGGCCGCCCAUCAGCCGGCCGCCGUCCCGGGAUAUGGUGGACUACACCGCGUACCCCUGGUUUGCCGGCAACAUGGAAAGGCAGCAGACCGACAACCUGCUCAAAUCCCACGCCAGCGGGACCUACCUAAUCAGGGAGCGGCCGGCCGAGGCCGAGCGCUUUGCCAUAAGCAUCAAAUUCAAUGACGAGGUGAAGCACAUUAAGGUGGUGGAGAAGGACAGCUGGGUACACAUCACAGAAGCCAAGAAGUUUGAAAGCCUCUUGGAGUUGGUAGAGUACUACCAGUGCCACUCGCUCAAGGAGAGCUUCAAGCAGCUGGACACCACGCUCAAGUACCCCUACAAGUCACGGGAACGCGUGGCCUCUAGGGCCUCCAGCCGGUCCCCAGCUUCCUGCGCUUCCUACAACUUUUCUUUUCUCAGUCCUCAGGGCUUCAGCCUUGCUUCUCAGGGCUCCUCCGCGCCCUUCUGGUCAGCUCCUCAGCCACCGUCCCCCGUUGCUCCCCGGGAGCUUUGCGUCUGGCAGCAGCAGACGGCCGGGCGACCCCCUCGGGGUGAAGGGGGGAGCAGCCCCGGGGAGUCAGAGCCCCCUCCCCAGCAGCUGCAUGUGUUGCCCCUCCCAUCCCGGGCCAUUGUCAUCUGUCCAUCAGGACUCCUGGGUCCUGGGCCAAGCUGGUCCAACCGGCUUUCCAGUUUGGUUUGGGCUCUGGAGUUGGGGACACGAGGGGAGUCGGACACCAGUGCCCUGGGGUCCAAUUCCAGGCACUUUGUCAGAGUGAAGGGCUGGGGGCUGGGCAGCGGUCACUCGGCUGCCCACUGGCCACGUGAUGCCCGGGCCCUGGGCACAUGGGGGAAGGCCCCGAGGGAGCUGUGA